AUGGAAAAGCAUAAAGAUAUUGUGAAUAUAAAUGAGAGCGAAAAGUGUGAAACUCAUUUUGAAGAAAAAAAUGAAUAUUUGAUUGAUAAACAAGAAAGUAAUGAAAAUUGUAAUAUUUUAAUUGAAUUAAAAAAUAAAGAUAUGUGUGAAAAAAUAAGCGAUAAUGAUUCGGGUAAAUUAAUAGAAAAUAUAAUUUCUGAAAAUAAAGAAAAUAAUUAUUUAGAAAAUUCAUGUCAUAGUCAUAUAGAUAUACUUCCAGAAUCAAAAAAUGAAUUUACAAGUUCUAAAUUUACAGAACCAUUUAAAACAGAUAUAAAUAAUUUAUUUCUUGAAAAUAAUUAUUGUAACCAUUGUGAAACAAACAAUUCUAAAGGUAAUAAUUUUUGUGAUUCUAAAAAUGCCAAUAUGGAUGAUAUGGGGUAUAAUAAUACAAGAUUUGAUAACGAUCUAGAAAAAAAAAAAUACGGCAUAGAUAAAUGCUGCCUCUUAAAUAUAGAUGCGAGCUUAGAAAAUGGUGAUAAAGAUAAAGGUAGUAAUGACGAAAUGAAUAAAACAGAUUUCCAUAUAGAAGAAAGCAUUACAACUAUUGAUAUAAAAAGUGAUGAUCUUGUAGAGGAAGCGAUUGGUACACUCCCUAUAUGUUUUGAAGAAACGGUGCCAGAUAAAAAAAGUAUGGAAUUUAAUAUUAAAAAUGUGGGAAAAAAUAUGGAAAAAAGCGAAACAGAAAGUUUGUCUAAAAAUGUGGGAAAAAGCGAAACAGAAAGUUUGCCUAAAAAUGCGGAAAAAGCAAACAAUACAUCUAGUAGCGCAAAUAAUUAUGUAAUUGAAAUAGAGGAUUCUUCAGAAGGGCAAAACGAUACAUAUUGUUUAUCUUAUUAUUCCAAAAAGAAUAAAAAAUUUGACGAUAAAGACUAUAGUAUGAAUAGGAAUGAUAACAAAAGCCUUGAUAAUAAGGAUGGUUUAGUAAAAUGGAAAUCAAAAAAAACAAAAUCAAAGUUAGGAAAUGAGAAUUUAAAAAAAAUAAAAAAAGAAAUAAAUGACGAUGAUGAUGUAAAAAUAGUGAAAACUAUUUUUAUUGAAGUGGACGAUAAUGAUGCUCAAAUUCAAGAUAAUAAAAUUAUAAAUUUAGAAAAGAAGAAAAAUAUUCGAAAACGAAAUAGAGUUGAACAAAUUGAACAUGAAAUAAUUUCAGUAGACAUUCAAGAGGAAACAAAUAAAGUUAAAAAAGAACAUAUAAAAAAAAAAAAAAAAAAAAAAUCACGUAAUAAAAAUGGAAGUAAUAAUCGUAGAUCAUCAUUAAAUGACGAACGAAAUAUCAAUUUGAAUUUAGGAGAAGAUGGUAUAACAGAUAUUUUAUAUGAUCAUUUUAAAAGUAUAAAAGCAAAAGUAGAUAAAUAUAGAAAAUCAAAAAUAGAAAAGAUGAAUAAAUUUGACCAUUCAAAAAAAAAAAAAAAAAAAAAAAGAUUAUUAAGAUAUAGAUUUGAAAAAAAUAAAAAUGGAAUAUUUGAUUUCCUAGUACCAGUUGCAUCUGAAUUUUUAGCAUUUAAAAAAUGUGAAGAUAUAGGAUUAGUUUAUCAAAAUAUAAUUGCUACUGAAAGACAUAUAGAAUAUACAUUUAUAUGUUCACAACAUGAAAACUGCACAGGACAAAUUAUUAUUAUGACAAAUAUAAGAAAUCAUAGAGUUGAAAUAAAAGCAACAGGCUCAACUUGUAUAAGUUUUAAGGAUUUAUAUGAAGAAAAAAAAAAUUUUAGUGGAAAUAGAUUUAGAUGGAUAUAUUUAGAUACUUGUUUAAGUAUACAAGAUGGAAAGAAUAGAGCAACAAAUAUGGGAUAUAAAUAUUUGAAUAGUAGUGUUACCGGUAGACGAUAUGUUCGCAAUUUUAUAUGUUUUUUAAAUAGUCAAUGUAAUAGUAGACUACGUGUUAUAAAGGAUAAUGAUAUUAAUAAAGUUUGGAUUGAAUUAUCUGGAUUGAAUCAUGAAAUACAAUGCCCAUUUUAUCAUGGAAUUACAAAAGAAGGAGUUCUUAAUAUGAAUGAAGCAAUCCUUACAAGUUCUUUAAAUGAUGUAAAAUUAGCUAUUUCUACAAUUAUAGAAAAUUAUAACAAUAAUAAAAAUAAAAAACAAAAUAAAAAUAAAAAACAAACAAAAUCAAAAAGUGUAAAAGAUGAUAUAAAAUCAAAUAUGUUAGAAACACAAAUAGAUGGGAUUUAUAAUCAAAUUGAUAAUAAUGUUAAUAAUAGUUUACAAAAUAUUACUACUAAUAAUAUACAGAAUUAUAUUUUAUCUGGAAAUCAAAAUAACUUCAAUAGUAUAAACAAUUGUAUAGGAAAAAAUUCUUUUAAUUUUCAAUAUCCAAAUUUUCAGAAUAUUCAACGAAAUGAUAAUAUGAUGAAUUCUAUUCCAAAUGAUUCUGCAUAUAAUAAUGGCAAUUUUCGAAAUGAUAAUAUAAAUGCUGAAUUUAUCUCAAAUUCAUGUUCAAUUCAGAAUUGUAGAAAUGACUAUUCAGGAAACAAUAAUACUUCUAACCUUUUAAAUAAUACGAACAGAAUGCAAACUAAUGGAAACAACUUUUAUAUGAAUAGCCCUGGAAUUAAUAUGGAUUAUCAACAUGCAUCUAAUUUGAUAAAUGAAAAUAAUCCAUAUUUUCAAAAUUUUAAUAACAAAAGAGCUAGAAUAGAGUUACAAAAUCAAGAAUGUGUAGAAAAUAUCAAUGGUGGAUUGCCGAUUAAAAGUUUAUCUGAUUUUACAGGAAUUGGAAACACAAUGAAUAUAAAUAUCGAUGGUCCUGAACGUUUUGAAUUAGGUCAAAAACGAAACAAUAUUAUGUACAAUUUUCAAAGAAAUAACAAACAAAUAUUUGAAAAAGGGCAAAAUAGUGAAGAAGAAAUAUUAGGGAAAAAUGAAAUAGCAUGUAAUAACAAUAAUAGUAAUAAUAGUAAUAACAAUAGUAAUAGUAAUAACAAUAGUAAUAAUAAUAACAAUAGUAAUAGUAAUAACAAUAGUAAUAGUAAUAACAAUAGUAAUAAUAAUAACAAUAGUAAUAGUAAUAACAAUAGUAAUAAUAAUAACAAUAGUAAUAAUAAUAACAAUAGUAAUAAUAAUAACAAUAGUAAUAGUAAUAACAAUAGUAAUAGUAAUAAUAAAAAAAUACAUUCUGAACAAAAUUGUGAUAUAUCUAACUAUUCUUUAUAUUUACAAUUUGCAAACAAUAUGAAUAAUGUUGCCAAUUCUAAUAUAUUAGACAAAGCAGUUAUAAAUGAAAAUAGUAUAAAACCAAAUAUAUGUAAUAAAUUAGUUCCAAAUCAAACAAAUGAAUUUCAAAAUAAUAUGCUUCGUACUACCCCAUGUGGUAAUAAUAAUAUUAAAGAAAUCGAAACAGAAAAUAAUGUAGAUAUUUCCCAAAUAAACUAUAAUAAUUAUCGCAAUUAUAUGGACAUAAAUAAUAACAUGUCUUUUGAAAUAUAUAAUUCAAAUUUGAAUUUUUAUAAACAAGAAAAUUCAAAUGUUUUAAAUAAGAAUGUAAAUCAAGGUUUAUUUAGAGGUUUUGAAUUAUAUGAAAAUUCCAAAGAUGUUAAUAAAACAAUUAAUAAACGUGUUUUGAAUUUACCAGUUGUAUACGAAAAUAGUAACACAAAAGUAGAAUCAAACAAUUUAUUGAUUCAGAAUCAAAAAGCUAUACCUCUUAAUCCCCAAGAAAGUUCUACAUCUUUUGUGGGAAAACAAGUUGAAAGCGUUCAUGAAAAUAAAAAAAAUAUCCAAGCAUAUGUUUGCAAUAAUUAUGAUAAUGACAAUGAUAAAAUAUAUAAAGAUAUAUAUGAUAAAAUGAGAAGUUUGGAUAGUAUUAUUAGUAGAAGUAGUAGUGAAACGAGUAGUAGCAUGCUCAGAAGUAUAAGUGAAAGUAGUAGCAACUUCUCGUCAGAAUAUAGUAUCAGCUUUUCGUCAGAAUGUAGUAGUAUACAUACUAGUUCAUCAAUUAGUAGUUAUAGUAAUAGUAGCAUUUUAAGUGAAAUGAAAUCGAAUAGCCGAAAUAUUUCUAUACAGAUAGAUGGCGAGGAAUGUGAAAAUAAUAAUAAAGGUAUAAAUAAUAACAAUGUAAAUAAUAAAGGUAUAAAUAAUAACAAUGUAAAUAAUAAAGGUAUAAAUAAUAACAAUGUAAAUAAUAAAGGUAUAAAUAAUAACAAUGUAAAUAAUAAAGGUAUAAAUAAUAACAAUGUAAUAAUAAAUAAUAACAAUGUAAAUAAUAAAGGUAUAAAUAAUAACAAUGUAAAUAAUAAAGGUAUAAAUAAUAACAAUGUAAAUAAUAAAGGUAUAAAUAAUAACAAUGUAAAUAAUAAUGGUAUAAAUAAUAACAAUGUAAAUAAUAACGAAUUUUAUGAAAAAUGUGAUAAAGAAAAUAAUAUAGAAAAAAAAUUAUCAGAAUCAUAUAUACAUUCUCAAAAACGUUCAAAAUGUAUAAAAUUAAACGAGUUUGAAAAUAAAGAUUUUAUAAAUUCUUCAUUACUUAAUAUAUAUAAUGGAGUUAAUGAUUUGAACAUGAAUAAUAUUGUUAAUAAUAUUAUGCCAUAUAUGAAUGAAUAUUUUGAGAAUAACAAUAUUGUACAUAUAAAUAAUCCAGAAUUUAUUGAAAAUAUUAAUAAUUUAUCUAAUAUGAUUUAUAAAAAUAAUAUGUCUAAUAACAAAAAUAUGAAUGAAAUGAAUUGUGAAUUUUUUGAAAAUAAUUUAGAUAACAAUAACAAUUUAAAAAUAUCAAAUAGUACUCAUAAAUAUAUGCAAGAUAAUAUGAAUAAUUAUAUAUUACAAAAACAAUUUAAUUUGAAUAAUAAUAUAUUUUUCAACAAUAAUGGAAUGGGUAAAAAUAUAGGAGAUAAUAUGAAUAUUGAACCCAAUAUAAAUAUUGGAAAUAAUAAAUUGGGUUCUAUUUAUAAUAAUAGUGUAGAUAUAGAUGUAAAUAAUUUAAAUGAUGAUCAAAUAAAUAUUCUUUCUAAUUUUAAUGAGACAGAAAAUAAUUUAAAACAAAAUAAGAAUGAAUAUAAUUAUGUAUUUGUGAAUAACAACAAUAUGAAUUUAUAUGAAAUAAAAAAGAUGGAGCAUAAUAUGGAAGCAUAUCUUGGAAUUUCGAAUUAUCGAUCAGGAAUAAAUGCUUCAAAUGACAUCUAUGAUAAAGAUAUAAACUUAGAAACGGUUAAUCCAUGCAAUUUAGUAAAUGAUAAUGUCUAUAUGAAUCAUGAAAUAGAUGGAUUAGACAUUUCAGGAAAUAUUCAAAAGUUAAACAUUAAUAGUGGCAAUAUUUGUAACAAUUAUUUUAUGUCAAAACAUUUCAAUGGAGGCACUUCAAAUAUACAUAAUACAAAUAAAGAGAUGCAUAUUUUAUCGUUGAAAAAUGCAGUUGAAGAAAAUACAAUAAAAAAUCAAACUGUCAAUUUAAAAGGCUAUCAAAUGAACUGCAAUUCUAAAAAUAUAAAUAAUUUACACAAUGGGUUAUAUAUGCAAAACACAAAUAUGAACAAUGUUUACAAACAAUUAUUUUCGAAUGCAUAUAAUAAUGACAAUAAUAGUACUAGAAUUUCCAACAAUAAUAACGAUAAUCCCAGAAUUUCCAACAAUAAUAAUUGUUAUCAAUAUAUGAAUAAAUAA